ACCACCACACUGGUCUUGGUUUCUCGUCACUGUUUAUUUCCGUAUCACUCCACAUGAUCCACAUGAUCAGCAGCAUAUAUAUCCUUAUAACCUCACAGCCCAACAUCCAUCGGCAGCAACUACUCCAUUGUCCAUCUAUCUUACUCCACUUCCUCUCCGUUGUCUCAUCAGCUCCGACCUGCACCCUCUCCACCAUGAACUCGAUGUGGAUAACACUGUCUGUGUUGGUAAUGGUGGGUCUUGUACCCAGCCUCACCAUGGCGGCCGACGAGGACCCACUCCAGGACUUCUGCGUCGCCGACACCGCCUCCUCUACUACUAUCAACGGUCUUCCCUGCAAGCCUGCCGCUCAGGUGGUGGUUGGCGACUUCAAGUCUGUCUUGUUGAAGAACCCCGGAACCACAUACAACUAUAACGCUGUGAACGUGACGGCUGCCAACGUGUUCAACUUCCAAGGUCUCAACACCUUCGGCAUCUCCGCGGUGCGCAUCGACUUUGGGGUGGGCGGCAUCAACCCACCCCAUGUCCACCCCAGAGCGACGGAGAUUCUGUAUGUGCUGCAGGGGAGCCUGUAUGUGGGGUUCGUGAGUACCAGCAACACUCUGUUCGCCACCAUCCUCGUGAAGGGAGACUUGUUCGUGUUCCCACGGGGCCUGGUGCAUUUCCAGCUCAACGUGGGCACCGGCAUCGCAGCCGCAUUCGCGGCCCUGAGCAGCCAGAACCCAGGAGUGCAGCAGAUAGCGCCGGCAUUGUUCGGAACCGACAUCGACGAUAGGGUGCUGCAGAAGCGCUUCAGAAUCAACGCCAGAACCGUGAACACGAUCCAGGCUGCAUUCGCCCCAUAAGUGGCAAACGACCAUGGUUGACAAGGCGCUGCCAUGAAAAACAAUGAAAAUGUGCAAUGCGAUGGAAAGCGGCUCAUCCAUCGGAGUGAUAGUCAGUCAUCAGAGGCCGGGGUCUAGUAACUGGAAUUUGUAAGGUUGCAGUCGGUCAGCUGCGGCCACUAGGAUUUAUUAUCGAUGGCUUUCUGCCCACGUUGAGGUGCACUACGCCCAGAUGUGGAAGUUUGUGUUCUAAUUCCAAUUUCAAGUACGAUAAGGUAGGAGUGCAGCUUACACGAUCGACCAUGUCCCUUUUGUGGUACGCAAGAACGUAUGUGUAUGUGAUGCAGCAAUAAAUUGUUUGAAGGGGUAAUGUCUCAUCAGUUCAACGUCAAGACGCCCUCACGAGUUCGAGUUUUGCUA